AUGGAGGGCAUUGACGACAGCAGUAUCCAGCUUUUCAAGAACUCGGAAAUCGAGAAACAUACAGAAUUGCAGCCAAUGGCCGACAACGGCCUCUUGAGAUCAGAGAACCUUAAAUUCCAUAGUGACAGUGGUACCGAGCAGUCUUCCGACUACUCAGAGGGAGCAUCUUCCUGUGGUGAGGAUGAUGAGCUUGAAGAGGAGAACCGGAAUGCGAAACAACAGCCCUUGUCUGGUCCUGAGGAGAAGGCGACUGGAAAAGUAGAGAACACAAGCGUUUCGUAUGAAGAUGACAGCUUUAGUAAAGAAACCGAGAGCUCCUCCGCCGAAAGAGGGCGCCCUUCAGCUUGUGUUUUUGUGGCCAGUCUAUCUUCCAACUUGUCUGAUGACAUUCUUUGCCAGUCAGUCAGCAACCAUUUCAAACAAUGGGGUACCAUCUCAUUAGUGAAAGUGUUGAGAGAUCCUGCUAACAGGCCAUAUGCAUUUGUUCAGUAUACGAAGGAGGAGGAUGCAAAACGUGCAAUUGUAGAAGGCCAACACUCUUUGCUAAACGGGAGAACCAUAAGGUGUGAAAAAGCUCGAGUCAAUCGUACUCUUUACAUCGAGACUACGAAUAAGGCAUUGCCAGAAUCUUCAAUCAGAUCCUUUCUGGAAAAAUACGGAGAGAUUGAGAGACUGGUUUCUGUGGAUGAGAAAUCAAAUCUAGUUGAUCUACAUACCGGGUCUCACUCUUAUUGGUUUUGCAAAUUUGUAUAUCGUCAAGAUGCUAUUAGCGCCUACGCAAACCUGAAAGUCAAACCCUUCUGGAAUGUUGAAUGGGCACAAAAUCUUGAAGAUGAAUCAAGCGACACUCCUGAAGUGACAAUUGACAAGUACUCCAUUUUUGUCGGCCAGCUUGAUCCAAGGAUUAACCGAGAUGAACUGAUUGAAAGGUUUGAGCAACAUGGCAAAAUCAAAGAGGCCAUCUUAGUCAACAGGCCAUUGAAUAACUUCGCCUUUGUCAAGUUUGAAACCAGAAAAGCUGCUGCAUCCGCAGUCGAAAGAGAAAACCAUUCAAUGUUUAAGUUCAAGACUAUUCAUGUGCAAUACCGUGAGAUGUACAACAACUACAAAAACAAGUAUUCAAACGAAAGCGGACCAAAGUUGAAUUUGGCUCCACCACCCGUGAGCUUCAGAAGAAGACAUUCUUACAAUUCGAACAACGGUAACAACACCAACAACAAUAAUCAUAGCUAUACGGGAAGUAAGCCUAAAAAAGCUCCCAAUUUCUACCGGCCGCGGUUCGGUAGUUUCAGUGGUUUUCCCGAACAAGAGAUGCAACCAUUUUCCUCAUUCAAGAGGAAUAAUAUAUCCAACCCUCCACCACUGAGAAGGUUUUCAUUUGAGGAUCACGUUUCGCCUGCAGGUUCAUCAGGAAAGACCUACAAAAAUAAAUUUGACUUUGCUGGUGCUGGUGCUGGUGCAGGUAGCAAAAACGUCAAUGAUGCCACUAAGAGCACUAAAGCAUCUGCCUCUCUAGCAGAAGACCCAGAUGCCAUCCUUAGCGACGACGAGCGGCUAUCGAACAACGGGAUGACAAGAAUUGAGGAGAACGACGAUGCCACUGCGGGUCGUAAUACCCAUACAGCAUAUUCAUCAACUACGAAUGGAGCGUCCAAAACCACUUAUUCGUACACAUCCGUCGAUGUGGACGAGUACUCCCCCAAAUUCCCUCCAGUGCAUCCAAUGGUCGAUUCUAAAAUGGUUCCAAAGAUGGGAAGUGCUGGGGGACCUAACUAUUACCAAUCGCCAGCGCCCUAUUACUACCUUGUUCCAACGAAGGAUUUAGGUGGCUACAUGGGCAAUGCAGUUUCUUCAGGGGUCCACAAUCCAGCGAUCAUGGGAGUUCCUGGAAAUGCUGCUGGAGUUCAGGGAGUUGGAGGACCUCCGACAACUGGAUACUACUACACCUAUGCGCCAUAUGAUCCAAAUACCAGUCCUUCUCUCUAUCCAUGCUACAUGUACUAUAAUCCGAAUCCGGCUCCUGGCACGCCAACAGAACAGAACCAGGGAUAUCUCUCCGAGUCAUAUGACCAGAAGUUCUAG